GCUCGCGGUGUAGAUGAUCAUGCUCCGGAAGUAUUCGCCGUCCCGGAAGUUUACCCCUGACCCGACGGACAGCAAGAAAGCGAUGGCGGGGGAUACUUCAACGGAGCUUCUUUUUCUAGAUACGUUUAAGCAUCAGAGUGCAGAGUUAACCAACGUGGAUGUGGUGCGGUUUCCUUGCGGGGUGCUUAUCACAGAGGUGCGGGUCAUUCCUCCAGGGAUCAAGGCACACAGCAACGUACCUGACAACAGAGCAUUUGGCGAGACGUCUCCUCAUGCCUUCCAGUUGGAGUUGUUCUUCAAUAAUGUCACCAAACCCAACAACCCCACAUUCCACAGAUUGGGCAGUCUGGAAUAUGAUGAGAACAAGUCCAUCGUGUUCAGACCCAGUGGAAAGGUGAACACAGACGGCCUGGUGCUGCGUGGCUGGUACACUAGUCUGACUGUAGCAGUGUAUGGGACAGCAGAGCGCUCGCAUGGACAUGACCAAGGCUCUCCUCCUCCUCCUCCACCCCCACCCCCUCAACAGCCAAGUGGGCCCAAGAGGAUCAUUAAACAAGAGUGGGAAAAAGAUGACCAGUACAAUGGCAGCCCACCCAGACCAGCACCCAGAGGGCCUCGUACUCCACCUGGGCCUCCACCCCCAGAUGAUGAUGAUGAAGAGCAGGUCCAAGUGACAGUGGGCGUGGUCAAAAAUGAGCCAUGUGAGGGCCGUGACGACUACCUGGAGGCUGUGUCACCUGAAAGAUCGCUGCCUGCUGAUGAAACAUACUCAGAUGCUGAACAAGAGGAAGAAUGUGAUGAGGAAGAGGAGGAGCAGGAGGAGGAAGAAGAUAUACGGACUGAGGGGAGUGCUCCGGAAGAGGAGGAAGAAGAGGAGGAAGAUGAGGGUGAGGACGAGGAAGAGGAAAUGGAGGAAGGUGAUGAUGGCUAUGAGCAGAUUUCCAGCGAUGAGGAUGAUCUGGAUAAUGGUAGCUUUAAGUUGCCCACCUUUGACAUGGACUACACUCCUGAGGACCUGGCAUCUGUCCCACCCGUCCAGUAUGACCCAUAUGAGCGAGAACUCAGACCCCUGCUCUACUUCACCCCUCCAUACAAGACCCGGUUUGAUACCCAGUUUGAGAAGGCCAGUGUGGAGGAACCCAGGGACCCUGGUGGAACAGAAGGACCAGCAGGUGGAGAGGAGGCUGAGGCUGUUGCCCAGCUGAAAGAGCUACUAGCUAGCAUUGGAGAUGACAGAGAUGCCCGCUGGGUCACUGCUGUUGAAGAGGCACCUGGACUACUGGCCAAAGGGUUGGCUUAUUUAAUUAAACAAGGAGAGGGAGAGAUGGAGGACUCCGUUAGAGUUUUAGCCCAAUGGGCACUCCAAGCUCUGAGUAUGGACAUUGCUCUCACACAACCCAUUGCUCUUAACCUCAGACAAUUGAAAGCUGGUGCCAAGCUAGCAUCAUGCCUAGCAGAGUGCCCACAGGGCCUCACAGCGCUGCUGCGUGAAGGGGCCCUGGGUGUGCUGCUGGAGCUGCUCCACGCGGACCAUGUCUCCUCCACACUGAAGCUGAGUAUCCUCAGAGCUCUGGGUGCUCUGACCAGCGCUCCUGCUGGCGUGGAGGCUUUCCUACAUGCAGGAGAGUUAGAGAAGAGUGGCUAUCAGCGUUUAGUCCAGCUGUUCCUGCAUGAAGAAACCGUGAGGGUCAUAACAGCUGGCAACGCCAUAUUACAGAAAAGCCACAUGUAUGAGGUACUGGUUGACCUGCAGCGUGCAGCAGCAGCAUGGAGUGAACCACAGCCGGAGGAGAUGGAGGAUGCUGAGAGCCCCAUGGAGGAGGAACCAUCGCUAAGCUCCUCCCCUGUGACCGAGGCAGAGCUUGAUAGGCUGGCAGGGGUUUUGGAAGAGUUACAUCACCUGCUAGAGACGGCCCCUAACUGCAUGGUGCAACCACCUGGGAAAGCCUUCCCCACUACUGCUAGAAUAACAGGACCGCAGGAGAGGGACGAUCCAUACCCAACACUGUAUAGGUAUAUGUAUGAAUGCCGUUUCCUGGAGAGCAUGGCAGUGGUGAUGUCGGCAGCUGCAACAGCUGGCCACCUAGGUGUCACCCAAGCUGUUAGAGACCUCCUCCGCUUCCUGUCGCUCACCCAGUCAGGUCUGCUCUUCCUUCUCGCCCAGCCCACUCCCACCAACCUGCUGCUGCGUCUCCUGGCAUCAAUGGCAGAGGCUGAGGUUGAGGACACCACCUUUACAGGGGGAGAGGGAGGUCUCACAGGGCCAGGGUUCGGUGAAGAGGGCUUCGGCGUGUGGUUAAUGCAGGCGCUGCAUGCUCUACAGGGUGUGUCAGAGCUCAUGAGCCAUGUGGCCACUGGAGGAGACGGAGGAGCUGGGCUAGAAGAUGGUGACAACGCGGAGGUUCUGGGCAUGCUCCAUGCACUCUACCUGAUGACCUUCACACAGACUGGCCGCAGUGCUGUGGCCCACGUUUUCAGCCUGGACAACAACCUGUCCUGUCUGGUCACUCUGCUCCAGCACCACAGCAAGGACGGACAGGGUGAGGCCAAAGCUCGCAAAGCAGUGACAUAUAACUAUGCCUGUAUGCUGGUGUUACUGGUAGUGCAGAGCUCUAAUGAUCUGCGGAUGAUGGAACAAUAUGCUGCCCCACUACUCUCCAUAGCCAAGGCUGAUGACACCAAUGCCAAGUUACAGGAGCUUAGCAAAUGGCUAGAGCCUUUGGAAAAACUUCGCUUUGAGAUUGGCAGCAUUCCCGCCCUCAUAGACUACAUCAAACAGAAUGUGGAAAAUGUGUUGACUGCUGAGGGAACUGGACUGGUCACUGCUCUCAGGGUCCUCUAUCACAUUGCCUGCCCCCCACCUGCUGUAGAGGGUCAGCAGAGGGAUCUUAAGUGGAGUCUUGCAGGGGUCCAGCUGUUCUCCGGUGAGGGUCUGGAUACGUGUGUGCGUGUCCUACAGAAGCUGUGCAGCGUGUUGCUGCAGCCAUGGCGUGUGCAUGGACACAUGGGUCCCACGCCGCAGCGCUGCAUGAUCCUCAGUAUAUGUAUCAGCACACUGCGAUUGCUGCGCACCAUGCUGAUGGAGCUGCUACGCGGAGGAGCUUUUCAAUUCAGGGACACUCGCGUGGCCAGUGUGUUGGUGACACUCCACAUGAUAGUGUGCUCCAUCCCUGCGUCUGGACGUCUAGAUGGGGAGGAGACCAGAGUGCAGGCGUUUAUUGUCGAUGUACUGCUCACCUUCACGCAGGGUGUUAAUGAAAAGGUGACUCAUACAGAAGAGACUCUGGCCAGUAACACUUGGUCUCUGAUGCUAAAGGAAGUUUUGGGCUCACUGCUUAAAGCUCCUGAAGGUCUGUUCUCUGGUCUGACAUUGCUGUCUGAGCUCCUGCCUCUUCCACUACCAAUGCAGAGCACUCAGGUGAUAUCAGUCCAAGAUGUGGCUGUAGCCUUAAACACAAGGAAGCUGUGGAGCAUGCACAUUCGGGUGCAGUGGAAAGUGUUUUCCGAGGCUUUGAGGUGUGUGUGUGCCACCAGCUGCCCUCCUCUCCUGGCCAUGCUGAGGAGAAUGUGUGUUCAGCUGGCAGACCUGUCUUCACCCACUGCAACACUCGUCAUGAAGACCCUGCUGGAGCUGCUGCUGGAGGAGCUGCAGCCGCCGGAGGGGAAAGGUGUGUGCUGGGGCCAAGUCCUGCGUCUGCUUUCUUUGAUGGAUGCUCUGGUGUCACAGAAAGCUUGUAAGAGCGCAGCACUGCACCUGCUGUCUGGGUCUGUGUCUGGAGAUGAACAACUGGCCGAUCUGUUCCCCUUGCUGCUGUCUCUGUUGGUUCCUCCGACUGACCACUCCCUACAGCAGCAGCAAUGCAGCGAACUAGUGGGGACAAUAUUACAGUCACUGUGUGACCAGGACAUUUCUCUGGUGGUAUCUCCACCUGGUGAAAGCUGUGUGUCAGAGGCUGAGCAGCUGGCCAAUGCACUUCCGGGGCGAGAGAUGUUGUCAUCAGUGUGCAGCGCCUUGUUGGAGGUUUUGGGGAAUUCAGAGAGUAGCGUCCCACUCCUCCUCACCUGUAUCAGGACUUUGACAUUUCUCACCGAGCAUGACUAUGGACUCUACCACCUCAAAGUUGCUCUAAAGAAACAUGGUGCGGGUCUGUGCUCGCUGUUGAAGAGAUUGGUAUUUGCCUUUAACAAGGACUCAGCAGAUCUGCUCUCAGCUCUGCUCGACUUCCUCAGACAGAUCGUCAACACAGAAACAAUGUGUAUGGAGGAGGGCCAGGGGUCCGGCGAGGAGUCUGCUUUCACUCCUCCACGGUUGCUGUCGGGCUCCGAGAUGAAAGCUCUGCUGCAGUGGGAGGAGUCUGAGUCCCAUCCGCUCCCUACUUUAGAGAAACAAAUUACGAAACUAUGUAAGGAAGAUGAUUCACUGGAGACUAUGCUGGAGAAUGUGAUUGUUCUGAGGCAGACGCUGGAGUCGGCCACAAACACACCUCCUGCAGCUGAUACUGAGCCCACUCUGCCAGCACCUGAGACGCUUGCAGCCCAGUUUAAUCACAGGACGGUGUUUAUUCUGUCAGAAGUUCUGGAUGAGCAGCUGAAGACUCUGUGGUUCUCUCCCUUCCAAACUGAUGACAUAGAAACAGACCUUGAUAUGGCGAAGGUGGAUCUGGUGGGUCUGGCUCAGGAGUGUUGUCCAGAACUGGACCUGAAAGCAGAGCUGGAGCGCUCCUUCCUGUCUGAGCCCUCCUCUCCUGGUCACACGAAGACUCCAAAAGGCUUCCGACUGGGCAAACACAAGCACGAGACGUUUAUUACAUCAAGCGGUAAAUCAGACUACAUUGAGCCUGCUAAGAGAGCCCACAUCAUGGCUGCUCCUCGCGGCCGUGGAGGUCGAGGAGGGUUUGGACAGAAUCUCUGCCGACCACAUGAUAUCUUCCGCCAGCGCAAACAGAACACCUCCCGUCCUCCCAGUAUGCACGUGGAUGACUUUGUGGCGGCGGAGUUUAAAGACAUUACGACCCCUCUUGGACUUUUGCCCCCUAAACGGCCCCCCAAGAGCUCCCCCAAACCCCCCACCAGAGGACUAUUCACUGGCAACAGAGGCAGAGGAACCUUCCACAGCCAGACUCGCUUUUUCACUCCACCACAACCUAAAGGUGUACUGCUGUCCGGUAACUACACUCGCAGAGAAGGAGGCCGUGGUUCAUCAUGGAGCGGACAAGUUCCCGCUGUCACCCACAGAGGAACCUACAGUGAACCUCGCGGAGGCCAGAGCAACUUCACACGUGGACCGCUGCCCUCCAGACAACCCCCAGCAAGUGCAUAUCGGCUGGCUCCACGGGACCGAGCUCUGCGGGGCAGAGGAGGUGCCGGGCUGUCGUGGCUUAGCGGUGGUGGAGGAGGUGGUGGCGGUGCUGGAGGAGGCAGUGGGGGAGGUGGAGGGAGAGGAUCUCAGGGGAGCAAAUUCAGUGGUGGGGGAGGGAGCGGAGGUGGGAGGGGCAGACAUGUUCGCUCCUUCACCAGGUAAAUUCACCUGGGCAGUGACUGCAGCCUAUCAUGGCAACAUAUGGACCAAUCAGGAUAUUAUAUAUACUGUCUCCAUGGAAACAUGGUGGGAUGAUGUUGUCACAACGACGUACAGACUCUGUGUUGAUGUUUUAUGUUUUGUUAUCAUGAGUUGUAUUAAGAGAAUAAAGGUCAUAGUAACCGAG